GAUCUGGAGCAUAAUUGCGAUGGUGGCGAUUGGCCAACAAUACAUCAAGUGGAUCUGUCAGUGGGGAACUGGUCGCGCCACACGAGCGGCGGAUGUGCAAAAAACAGACGACCCCAUGUAUGUGUACACAAGAUCGUAGUAAAAGGAACAUGAUUAUUUGUGUGUCUCUUACAGGAUUGACUGCUGUUUCAAGUGCUCGUACCUGACCAAUUUCAUUUUGCCUGUCGCGGUCGUCUGCUGUGAUCUUCCGGGUGGGCUUACACUCAAUUGUCCAUGUCUCAUGUGUCCCAUGAAUCUCUAAUGGCAGGCCUUCUCUGUGCAUGCCUUCGUGUGCGCCUGACGGAGGAUGAGCGUCAGCGGGAGCUGUUUGAAGAGGUGAACAGGCGGAUUUGACAAACGCCUUCUCACGAGCCACGUGCGUGUUCACAGAUGAAGAAGUAUUUCGCGUAUGCGUCCAUGCUGUCGAUAACUGCGGCCGCGAUACUCCUCUACUGGGGGGCGCUUUUCCUAUGGCAAGACGAGGUCCAGGAAGCAAUGGAAGCAAUGGAUUGAUAGUCAAAUAAGCAGGCAGGAAGGGAGAGGUCUUUCAUUAUGUCUUCAUGCCUUUGGGCUUUCGUGUUUGGGAAAUUCAUGGGCGAUUUUUUCUCCGUUGGUCAUCGUCUUGUGAGACACAACGGGGUGGCACAAAAUGAGCGCAGUGCCGAUGCUUUGACUGGACAGAUGUGCGCAGGGUUAAGCCAUGCGUUUGCAUCUUACAAUGCCACUCGAGGGCUGCUCAGCAGGUGUCGAUAGCAUGUGUGCG